CCCUGGUAACCUUAUCUUCUCUCUCUCAACGGCCGGAACACACACCGUGUCGUUCUAGCGUUCUCAUCCUCCAUCCGCUUCCUCCUCCUGCAGCUGCAGCUCUCUCAAGUCAAAGCAGUGGAUAUGGUGGCGCGAGCAGCGAGCUAGGGAGGCCAGGUAGCAGCAGGCUGUAGUGUCAGGCGUUAAUCGGCUGCUCGUGAGCGCGGCGGCUGAGGUCAGUGCGCUAGCAGCGCGGUGGAAGCUUGGAGGAGGCUGUGCCGACGACGACGCUACGCCACACGCGGACCAGACACCGGCGAUGACCACUCUGGCGACGGCGGCCACGGCGGCGUGGACAAGGGAGGAGGACAAGGCGUUCGAGAACGCGGUGGCGGCCGCCGCGGCGCCGCCGGCGGACGGGACGCCUGACGAUGGCUGGUUCACGGCGCUCGUGGCGAGCGUGCCGGCGCGGACGGCGGAGGAGGUGCGGCGUCACUACGAGGCGCUGGUGGAGGACGUGGCCGCCAUCGAGGCCGGCCGCAUCCCGCUCCCGCGCUACGCUGGGGAGGAGUCGUCCGCCGCGACGCCCGAGGGCUCCGGAGCCGCCGCCUCCGCGCCCAAGGACGGAGGAGGUGGCAGCGGGCACCGACGCGAAGAACGGAAGAGCGGCGGCGGCGGCGACGCCGGGAAGAGUUGCUCUAAAGCUGAGCAGGAGCGGCGCAAGGGCGUCCCGUGGACGGAAGAGGAGCACAGGUUGUUCUUGCUGGGCCUGGACAAGUUCGGCAAGGGCGACUGGCGGAGCAUCUCGCGCAACUUCGUCAUCUCACGGACGCCGACGCAGGUGGCGAGCCACGCGCAGAAGUACUUCAUCCGCCUCAACUCCAUGAACCGGGACCGGCGCCGCUCCAGCAUCCACGACAUCACCAGCGUGACCGCCGGCGAGGUCGCCGCGGCCGGCGCACCCAUCACGGGCGGCCCAGCAGCGGCGGGGGCGAUGCCGAUGGGGCCAGCGGGCAUGAAGCACCACCACCCGGCUCCGCCGAUGGGCAUGUACGGGCACGCGCCCAUGGGCCACCCAGUCGCGGGGCACAUGAUGGCGCCGGCGGCCGUCGGCACGCCGGUCAUGUUCCCGCCGGGUCACCACUCGCCCUAUGUCGUGCCAGUGGGAUACCCGGCGCCACCGGCCAAGAUGCACCAAUGAUUGAUCGUCGAUCUACCGGCGGCAUUUGCACAUCUGCAGGGCUGCAUUCCGUUGCUUGUUUCUUUCUUGAUUUCGUUCAUCUUUGUGUAGCCAAAAGCCAUCUAUACAUACAUCCAUCCAUCCUUUCCUGAUCUCCCGGCCCUUAAUUUGAUGUAAUGUAACAUAGAUUACUUGAGUGAGUGCAGGGCAGGCAGGCGAUGAGGCGAAUAAUGAGUAUCUGCUGACUGUUGCAAUAGCUAGCGUAAUCACACUCAGGGAGGCUCGAGGAAUGUGUAAUUAGUAGCAGCCUUUCCAGGGUGCAAAUGUUGAUCAUUUGUGCAGAGUUGCAACUGGGGACUGAUCCGAUUCCAUUUUCUGGAUGUAAAUUGAUUGUCUAUAAAUAUCUCAUCUGUGCUGUAUGUAGUGCAGAAAUAUGUGUUCAUCAUCAGUGCAAUUCCUUUUUCCUUC